AUGCGCUCUUUCGUUGCUACCUCCGUCUUUCUCGGCCUUGCGUCUGCUGCCGCCGUGCCCAUAGUCGUGUCGCGCAGUGGACCGGGAAACCACAGCCAUGUUCCUGAGAAAAAGUUCAAUGUCCAAGUCGGGCCUCGGCCGUACUACCUGGUCGACGACAUGGACGAGGGCCCGCUGAAGCAGAAGCUGGAAAGUUGCUCGGAACAGGAAUUCAAGACGUCCGACUUUGUCUUUGCCCAUCGCGGGGCGCCGCUGGAAUUCCCAGAGCACACGCUGUCAAGCUACAAGGCUGCGCAUCGCAUGGGUGCCGGCGUCAUCGAGUGCGACGUUGCCUUUACCAAGGACAAGCAGCUCGUGUGCCGCCACGCCCAGUGCGACUUGCACACGACGACCAACAUCCUCAACACGACGCUCGCCGCAAAAUGUACCACGCCUUUUUCCCCCGCCGCCAACGGCACCGCUGCGUCGGCAAAAUGCUGCACCUCGGACAUUACACUCGACGAGUUUCGCACUCUAUGCGGCAAGAUGGAUGGCUUCAACCCCAACGCAACCACAGUCCAACAGUACAUGGACGGAACACCGUACUUCCGCACAGAUCUGUACGCCCAGCACUGCCCCAAGCUCAUGACGGUCGACGACUACAUUCCGCUGGUCGACAGCUGGGGUCUGCAGUUCACGCCGGAGCUCAAGACGCCAGAAGUGCCGAUGCCGUUUGAUGGCUACACACAGGAGCAGUACGCCCAGGAUCUCGUUGACAAGUUCCGCGAGUACAAGAUCGAUCCCAGCCGUGUGUGGCUGCAGUCUUUCCUGCCGGACGACGUCUUCUACUGGAUCGACAACGAGCCCGAGUUUGGCGUCCAGGCCGUGUACCUCGACGAGCGCGUCGAUACGCCCGCUGGCUACGCCAAUGCUACGGCUAGCAUCCCGGGGCUGGCUGCCCGCGGCGUCAAGGUCAUGGCGCCCGCCAUGUUUGCGCUUACCAAGCUCGACGACAACGGCAAGAUUGUGCCCUCCGAGUAUGCCAUUGCGUGCCAGGAACACGGCCUCGACAUGGUUGCGUGGUCGUUUGAGCGCUCGGGCUGGCUGCAGAUUGGUGGUGGCGGCUACUACUACCAGUAUGUGGCCAAUGUUACUAGCCACGACGGCGACAUGUACAAGGUUCUGCAUGUUCUGGCCCAGGACGUCAAGAUCCGCGCCAUGUUUACCGACUGGCCUGCUACCGUUACGUACUAUGCCAAUUGCUUUGGCUUGUAA